AACCCAGUUCCACGGAACAUCCUGCAACACGUCUGAGACUCGGAACAAAACUCUGUGCACUUUUCCAUCUCUGCGUGCUGCGGCACGCGUCGCCUCGUGUUCCCGCCGUGAUGGUUCGUUGUUUGACCUUAGGAGAAGUCCCGACACUUUAGACAAAGUCAUUCGGUUGUUGUUGUUGUGUACGUGACCUGUUGGAUUUUUUUGCAUGUUUGGACGCGCUGCGGUGGGACAUCCGGAAUGGGGACGCCGUAGGAGGAGGUGGCGCUCCCGGGUGUGCUGUUGGUAAAUAGCACCGACACGCGCGCACACGGAGAGUCUGCGCGCGAGAUGGACUUAAAGAAGACAAAAUUUGGAAGGUUCAUGAACUGCAGGGUCCCAGCCAGUAAGAGAUACCAGCCCACCGAAUACGAACAUGCUGCAAACUGUGCGACACAUGGGUUGUGGAUCCUCCCAAGUCUUGUGGGCGGGUCUGUGCUCUACUUCUUAUCUGUGGACCAAUGGCAUCGUGUGGCUGCCUGGCUCUAUGGGAGCGGUCUCGCUGGCCUUUUCAUCACCUCAACACUCUUCCACACUGCUGCCUGGAAAAUCAGCCACCUCCGGAAGGUGGAGCAGCGUUUCCACAUGUGCGACAGAAUGGCCAUAUACUUCUUCAUAGCUGCCUCCUACUCUCCCUGGUUGAUGCUGAGAGAGCUCGGGCCCUGGUUGUGCCACAUGCGCUGGCUGAUAUGGGUCAUGGCCUGUGUAGGAUCCGUGUACGUCUUCUUUUUCCAUGAGAGGUACAAGCUGGUGGAGUUGUUGGGAUAUGUGGCCAUGGGGACUGUUCCUGCUUUAGUCAUCCUGUCUAUGGUGGAGCGUGCAGGUGUGUGUGAACUGGCAGUGGGAGGUGUCUUCUAUGUGGUGGGUGUAGUCUUCUUUAAGAGCGAUGGCCUCGUCCCUUUUGCCCAUGCCAUCUGGCAUCUUUUCGUUGCAGCAGGAGCGUGCAUUCACUAUUAUGCCAUCUGGAGGUACCUGUACUUACCUGGACCACUGCUGCACACAUCGAGGUGACCAGCUGCUGAGAUCACAUGGUGCCACUUCACAUGGCUGACUGAGAGAAGUGUAUUUUACUGUGUAUUUGACCGCUGUGUGUUGAUUACUACUGCAAUGACUUGUGCAGUUCCUUCUGGAGAGGUGAUGUAGAGAUGAUGUGAUGAGUGUCAGUGCUUACUGAAUCACAUCAGAAAUUCCCUACAGAGGGGACCAAAACCCUGGGACAUUCGUACUGUUAACAUGCGACAUGUUGAAACUGAGCUGAGUAACAGCAUUGGGUAUGAUUGUUCAUUUGUGCUCACCUCAUGGCAAAUGUUUGUAGUUUAAUAUGCCAGAAAGUUUACACAUUUUAAAAAAUGCACUUAUUUUCUUUCUUGCCAAGAGCUUCAUAGGACUCUCAUAUAUAGACAUGGGAAUGAUACCAAGUUUCUUGUCUAACUCAGCAAGAAUAUGAUUAAAAUUAAAAUAUUUCACUAUUCCUUUAACCACACAUCUCUGAACUGAGCUGAUGAGAUACAGUCUUUGAUUACGCCUCCUAAAUAAUGCUCGGCUUGUAAACUCCUCCCUUUCUGUACUCCAACCAUAGAUUAUGUGCCAAAACUUACAUACAUGUGCUAAUCCCCACUUUCACAUAAUGGAAUUCACUGUCAUUUGCUGUCAUUUUAUUUCAGCUAUGGCUGAAAUAAUACAACCAACAAUCAACAAACAUUUCACCAAAAAAAGUUGAUAUUUUGGAACUUUUCUUUUUAGCUGUUACAGCUUCAGCCCAAUAUCCUAUAUGUUCCUCUGAGAGUACUUGAGCUUAAAGUCACUAUAUAAUCUCUGGAUAACACACUGAUAUGAAUUAACAGUCACUCAGCAGACAGGCUGUAAUUAAGUCUGAAACUGUUAUCUGUUGAGGAUAAUGGGGCUCUGUACAACUGGCCAGUUUGUGAUUCUUUUGUGAAUUAUAUUUGUCAUAAUCAGCCUCAGAGUCAAUUCUCUUGAUUUUACUGUAAUGCGAUUUGCAACAUGAAAAGUAUAAUCUAAGACUAUCAUUAAGCUAAGGUAACACUAACUGUAUUCUGGAUCAAAUGAAUUAUCUAAGAAUAUCAAGGAUACUUACAUUGAUAAUCUUGAUUAGAGGACUAUCAUUAUGUGUUACUUUGUUUAACUCAUGCACCAUCAACCUUGUGCAUCUUUGUCAGCAGUAGUGAUGAAUAAAGUUAAACGUGAAGAUUAUGCAAAUUUUUAUACUUCGUGCACUGUGUAGAUCACACCUGCAGGUUUUCUCUAACCUCUAAUAGUUAAACUGUUUCUGAUUUAGUUUCAGAAACAGAGCACUUACUCAGGAAGUGACCAUUUCUUUCUUUCUUUUUUUUAAUGAGAUGAUCUAUUUUGUUAAAUUUUCACUGUAAUAAAGAAAAAACACUAUAU